UAAUGCUCACAAAUAAGCGAACAUUUGGUGUCAUUGACGAUAUCAUAACACCUUUGGAUCCGAUCACCACUACUCGUCCCAAACUUAUCGCCACAAUCUCACUACCAAUUGAUCCAAAUGUUAAUCAAUAGUCUUCUCAGACCAUCGCUUGUGUCGAGAGCUUGCAAUUCAUUGACAAGAUAUGGUCCAAAACAGAGGUUUAGUGAGUCUGAGGAGGAAUAUGGAAGAGCACGGAGUGGUUCCCGAUGUCGUCGAUAGAGUCCCCUCUCAUGUCUUACAGUUGGGCAAUGAGUUGACACCGACUCAAGUGAAGGACAUCCCAACUGUGGUUAAGUGGCCGACAGAAGCGAAUGCAUUAUACACGGUAUGUAUGACAGAUCCGGACGCACCGAGUCGUCAACUGCCCAAAUAUAGAGAAUGGCAUCACUGGCUGGUCGUUAACGUACCCCAGAAUGACAUCGCAAAGGGAGACUUAUUGUCCGAAUAUGUCGGCGCCGGACCACCAAAAGGCACUGGACUUCACAGAUAUGUGUUCUUAGUGUAUAAGCAACCGAAUAAGUUGACUCCCGAUGAGCCCAAACUGAGCAACAGAUCUGGUGAAGGGCGCGGACAGUUUAAGAUACGUAACUUUGCCAAGAAGUACAAUCUGGGAGAACCCAUAUCUGCCAACUUCUUUCAGGCCCAAUGGGAUGAAUAUGUGCCCAAACUGUACGAACAGUUGAGCGGCGAUUGAAUUGACACUCAAAUUGUGUUUAUAAAGUAAAACAUGUUUUAUUGAGUUAAUAAUGCGAAAUAAUUUGUACCCAAAUAUAUAUAACUAAUGCAUUAAAUGGAUUCCAAAGACAUUGGAUUUUUUGUUUGAAUGAAUAAAAAGUUUGAAAUUUUGUGCAACUCUUAAA